UCAAUCUUCCCUGCCCCCUUCAGCUCUUCCUUUUUUUCUUCCAUCAGGCUUGCGACCGAAAAGAGAGAAUUUUCCCCAAGUAUCUGGUGGAGGUUUCUCACAAGGAGAGGCAACAUGGGGAUCCAAGUCUGGUUGGCAGCUUGUGUGCUGGUUCUGGUCCUGGAGACUGCGAACCCUCAGCAAAGCGUAUGUCAAGCACCCAACGGGAGAGACGGACACCCGGGGGCUCCGGGCCGCGACGGGAGACCAGGACAGAAGGGUGACGUUGGUGAACCAGGGAUGGCUGCCAGGAGCACAGGGGUACGGGGAGCCAAAGGUGAUCCGGGGGACCCCGGCCCACCUGGCAACCCAGGGAACCAAGGCUACAGAGGCCCAGAUGGUCCUCCAGGCCCUCCAGGGGAACCAGGAAAUAAAGGCAUCAAGGGACAAUCCAGCAACAUUGCAGAGCAGCCCCGAACGGCUUUCUCGGCAACACGGAAGAGUCCCGGACCCACCCCGAAUCCCAACGUCGUAGUCUUUGACCACAUCAUCACCAACCAAGACAACCGCUACAGCACACAGACGGGCGAAUUCACCUGCAGGCACCCAGGCUACUACUACUUUGCCUUCCAGGUGGUCUCCAGCGGGAACCUGUGCCUCCGACUCAUGCACAGAGACGCCACCGUGGCCACCUUCUGCGACGAGAACCAGCAAAACAACUUCCAGGUCAACUCAGGAGGCAGCGUCCUGAAGCUGGCCGAAGGGGAACGCGUCUGGCUGGAGAGUGAUCCCAAGUCCGGGAACGGCAACAUUUACGAGGGCCCCGAAGUGGACAGCGUGUUCAGUGGCUUUUUGCUUUUUCCAUCCAUAGCCUGAGCAGCUGCGAGGAAGAGAUGAGACCCCUCUCUAAAUAUCCCUUGCCUAUCACUUCUUGCUACCAUUCCUCCUAUGGACAUCUCCCGUCUCCUAGGCUAAAACCUCCCCUGCCUUCUACAUCAGUUCAAUUCCGGCACUAAAUAAAUGCUUACCAUUUGAAAAC